GCUUUGUAAGCACCUGGAGCCAUGGCACCUGCAGUGGGUCCUGUGGGAUACACCCCUCCUGAAGGUGGCUGGGGUUGGGCCGUAGUGUUUGGAGCCUUCAUUUCUAUUGGUUUCUCCUACGCCUUCCCAAAGUCCAUAACUGUGUUCUUCAAGGAAAUUGAAGUGAUCUUCCACAUCACCAGCAGUCAAGUGUCCUGGAUCUCUUCCAUCAUGCUUGCUGUCAUGUAUGGAGGAGGUCCUGUCAGCAGUAUCCUGGUCAAUAAGUAUGGAAGUCGGCCUAUUAUGAUUUUAGGAGGCUGCCUCUCAGGAGCAGGGCUCAUUGCUGCCUCUUUUUGCAAUACCGUCGAAGGCUUGUACUUCUGUGUCGGUGUAGUGGGAGGUCUGGGACUGGCAUUCAAUCUUAACCCAGCUCUCACAAUGAUUGGCAAAUAUUUCUACAAGAAGCGCCCAAUAGCUAAUGGUAUCGCUAUGGCUGGUAGCCCAGUCUUUUUGUCUACUCUGGCUCCCCUGAACACCUGGUUCUUCGACCAGUUCGGCUGGAGAGGGAGCUUCUUGAUCCUGGGUGGACUUCUGCUGAAUUGCUGUGUGGCUGGAUCAUUGAUGAGGCCCAUUGGGCCAAAACCCCAACCCGCUGUUAAAGCUAAAAACAGUAAUAGUGAAGCCAGAGAGCAAAAGAGCGUGAUGGAGAUCAUCAAUGGUUUUAUCGAUCUGACACUCUUCAAGCAUCGUGGCUUCUUGCUGUACCUUCUGGGUAAUGUGGUCAUGUUCUUCGGCCUCUUCUCUCCUCUUGUGUUCCUCAGUAAUUACGCCAAGAGUAAGGAUAUUCCCAAGGAGAAGGCGGCUUUUCUGCUCUCUGUCCUGGCCUUUGUAGAUAUGGUUGCACGACCUUCAAUGGGAAUAGUUGCCAGCACAAAAUGGGUCAGGCCAAGGGUGCAAUACUUCUUCGCCGCAUCCAUUCUCCUUAACGGUGUGUGCCACCUGCUUGCCCCUCUGUCCACAGACUACACAGGGUUUGUGAUUUACGCCAUCUUCUUUGGGUUUGCCUUCGGCUGGCUGAGCUCUGUGCUGUUUGAGACCCUCAUGGAUCUUGUGGGAUCUCAACGUUUCUCCAGUGCUGUGGGACUGGUGACAAUUGUAGAAUGUGGGCCAGUGUUACUGGGGCCUCCUUUACUAGGAAAGUUCAAUGACAUUUACCAUGACUACAAAUAUACAUACAUGGGCUGUGGAAUUGUCCUGCUGGCUGGCAGUUUGUUUCUUUUCAUCGGAAUGGGCAUCAACUACAGGCUACUGGAUAAAGAAGCAAAAGAAGAAUCCAAGAGAGCUAAAUUAAAAGAGGUGGAGGAACAAUUGUCAAGUGCUUUGGAGAGCAGUUGUAAAUCAUCAAAAGAGGUAGACAGAUUGGAGAGGGACAUAAUGCAGCAGAAAGAGAAAUAUGAGGAUCUGAUAUUGAAGUAUAAUGACCUGCAGAUACAGAAGGACACCAUUCAACAACAUGCUGAUAGUGGUGCUUUAGAGAAGGAAGUCCUUCAGUCUCAUCUCAUGAAAAGCAAUGCAAAUGCAGAAAGAGAGAAGACAGAAAUAGAGAGACUUGAGAGAGAGAAACAACAGCUUCAGGAGCAGGUGGAUAUUUUAUCUGCAAAAAUUGCUGGGCAGGAUGAAGAGAGUAAGAAUGUUCAACAGCAGUUGAAGGAGAGUGGCAAAACCGCAAAGCGGGAACUUCUGUUAAAAGACAAACAAAUCAAAGCACUGGAGUCAAAGCUAACAAACACUAAAACAAAACUAGAGACCAAAACAAAAGCUCACGAGGAAUGUCUAAAAGAGAUUAUUAAAUUGAAGGAAGAUUCAGAAAGUAUAGAGAAGUGUCACAUGGAGGAGCUUCAGAAAAUAAGCUCUGACUUCGAAGACAAAUCAACAUCAGAGGCUCAACUUAACCUUGAAGUGCAGAAACUGAAGCAAACAGCCAUGGAGGCACUGAAGAGUAAAGAUGACACAGAAAUCAAAUGCCAGCAGAAGAUAUCAGACAUGAUUGCUUUGAUGGAGAGACACAAGCAUGAAUAUGACAAAAUGGUAGAAGAAAAAGAUGCAGAGCUGAGUGAAAAACGGAUGAGAGAGGCUGAAGUCAGUGCAAGCAAAGCAUCUCUGGAACUGGAGCUGUCUCAUCUGCAAGUGGAAAAUGAAGAGCUUAGACAACAACUUGAAAAGCUCAAAGGAGAGAAGAUGGCCUUGAGGACACCAGUCUCAUAUCUUGAAAAACACACACUUCAACAGGCAAAUGAAAUAAAACCAAAGAAAGGAAGAAACAAGAUCUCUAAAACUCAAAAAGCUGACAUCACAAAGAAGGCUGUGUAUGAACUUUUAAAUGAGCAUGAAAAUGAAGCAUCAAGAAAUGCAUCUUACACUCCUGCUGGAACGGUGAAUAAAGACCUUCAUACCCCAUUAUGGAGCAAACCGACUAAAACAACACCUCAAAUAAAGUCAUUCAGAAUUCGCACACCACCCACACCUGAGAUUACAGGGUCUUGGAAGGAAAACAUUCUGAAGCUGGAUCCAAAAUCAGACAACUCAGACAGCAAUGACAUACUGAGUUUCUCUCCGAGACCUGUGAAAUCAAAGAAACCUAUGCAACCAAAAGAGGCAGACACAGGGAGUUUGGACAUGUUCAGGAAGGUGCAGAGUUCUUUUCCAUGUAAGUCUCCAGGAACAGUGCUGAAACUGGCUGCAAUAAAGAGAAUGCGAGAUGCUGGAUGGACCACCGUUAGCAAUUCAGCUAAGAAGAAAAAAAAAGCAACAGACAAAAUCUUUGCUUAAAAGUAUCAAAGUAUC